UCAGUCCCGCGACGAGACUUUUCUGUUUUCGAAUUGACUGAACGUUACAAUUCACUAGCAGUUAAAAUAUGAUGACAUAUUUUUCGAUGAAAACUAGUGCGAUUUUAUAUAUGCCGUGAUAUGUUUGACUUUUGUCGUGUGCGCCGGAAACAGUGUUAAAAGAAUAAUGAAGCAUAAAGUGGCUCAUUUCCGCCAUGUACAUAGACGAGUAAUUCUCUAUGAAUGUGGUUGUCGUAAUCGCAGUCGUAGCGGCUAGUUCUAAUGCACCGCCUUAAGUCGCUCGCUCGUUUGUACCAAUUUUAGUCAUUGCUCAACAAAAUUAACCGUUCAGCAACACUUUGCACGCCUGCAGCUGUUACGCUAGGAGACACUGGUUUAUCUAGGCUCGAUUUCCAGCCGCAGUUCGUGAAAUUGGCCCCGUCGGAAAUCGAGCCCAUGAUUUACCUAGAAGGCAAAGCGUUAUCAUAAAACGAGGAGUCACGUGUGCAUUCAAACAAUGGAAUUGGUUAGUAUCAACUUUGAGAAAAUAUCUAAAGAAUUGUCAGCCUCUUGCACCACAUAUUACUAAUAGGAAGUUUUAAAGGAGAUACGUAACGAAAUUGCACAUCUUGAAAAGUUUAGCCUAAAUUUUUCAAGUUCGUUGUUUUGUGAUCGGUGUUAAUUUUCUCCAUCCUUAAUCAUCCUUGUUCCCUUAUGAAUUAUUAUUAUCUCUUUGGAGUAUUUCUAUCUCAGUAUGAUUUUCAGGUUUCCUUCAAUUUAAAGGUAAUUCUGUACAUGGCCAAAAUAACUCAAAAUACUGUGACUGAGCUCCUUUACGGCAACCGUGAAGACAAAUACGAAAACGCGACACGCCCGUAAAAAAACGAAUCUUAGCCAGCCAGUUUAAAUACAUGUAUAACACGAUGAGGUUAUCCGAAUCUUCAGGUCUACAAAAAAAAAAAAAAGGCUAGCUGCCGCUGUGUACACAUGCACGGAGCGUUCGAUCCUAAAUAUAAAUACGAAAGUUGGCCGUGCUGAUGAUUUGCGUUCUCCAAAGUGAAAGAAAAUGGUCACUCUUCACAUAUCGUCAGUGAACGGCUAAGAAAAUGCUUUUGUUCUGUUUUGUUUUUUGUAACAUCGGACAAUGUCUGCUUCCAAGUCGGCAUGACAUUUUCAUUUUUUUUUGUCAUUUUCGUGGCCCAAACCUUCGACGCAGGCUUUUCGAACUGUCCCCUUCACAAAUGUCAUUAAGUGCGAGUGCAAAUUGCAACCCAUGAGUACCACGAGAAUCAGAUAGAUUGCGCAUUGAUGUCACGCGAUGGGUUCCUGCAUGUCGAAACACCCUGAGGCUCCCCUGAGAAAUUUGACAAAAAAUGUCCUAUUUGGAGUUUCGGUAAAACUUGGGUAGAACGGACUAGGGGAUCGGAGUGGUCGUCUGGAUCCUGUUGCAAUUGCGUGCUGUUGCUGUUGCUGGUGCGUUUUUCGGUUGUGCUUUUUAGUUUUUAGUUUUGCUUUUUUUUUUCUGCGUUUCCUCGUUCAUACAUGUUACCCUUAAGAUUCUAGAACCAUCAAGAAUACUGAAACUAAAUGACACCCACUUCAAAACAAUUAAAUUUAAAGUUAAUGUGACAGCCAACGUUUCAAAUGACAGUCUGGAUAAAUGUCAGCCAUGCAUUAAGAGGUAUCAGAUAACACAGCCUGCUUCAAAACUAAUAUAGCAUCGCUGUAAUAUAUUGGACCGUACAGUGUUCAAAUUUGUAUCCUGAUCACGCGCGCGCAAACUGAAUUAUUUGGAAAAUUUUAUUUUGACCUGCAGAUGACAGAAAUCAUUGUCAAAGUUUUGUUAUCCGAUUAAAAGUCCAUUUGCAGGACAGUGGCCUUUCAAUAAAUAAUAAUCAUGUUCAUUGUUUGAGUAAGGAUUUGAUGACAAAAGAGCGGGAUGACAAAUGAACAUUCCACGGCAGAUCAAGAAGUUAAUCACUGCAAGUCUCGUGAAAUUGUUUCCAUGCUUUCGUGGGCUAAGCGUGUUUCAAAAAGAUUUGCAUACAAAAUUGGAAUUCCUUUCCGAACGGAGCGACGAUACUGUUUGCGACAAGCUAUGAGUAUUGGAACGGGAAUACAAACAGCGCUUUUUCACUCAAGAUCUUAGAUAUGCCGGAAGUAUACGGCUAUUCCGCCCUUCAUAAUGCGGUGAUAGCCCGGGAUCUCAAAGCUGUCCACGCCCUCACAACAACAGACACAGGAUGCAAUAUUGAAUCAAGGGAUGCUAUGGGCUUCACAGCUCUUCAUUUAGCCACUCUACAGGGAAAUAAAGAUCUUGUUGAAAAGUUGGUUCUGGCGGGAUGUGAUAUUAACAGCCGUACAAAAGAAGGGAUGACUUCACUACACAUCAGCAAUGAACGUACAGGAGCUGAAGACAUCCUUCUUGUGUUAGUGUCAGCCUUGUGUGACGUUAACGCUCGGAACAAACUCGGCCGCACCGCGCUUCAUCUUGCCGCAAAACAAGGAAAUCUUCCAAAUCUGAAGACGCUUCUUGAUGCUGGCUGUGACCGGAACAUCAAAGACAAACUUGGCUUCACUGCCGUUGGUUUAGCAUUCAAGUUUAACCAGAAAGCAAGCGCUGAUGUUUUACUCCACUACAAGCCUAAGCGGAAUCAAUCCAUUUGUAAGGAAACUGUUCCUUGUGAAACCCUUUCUAGGGAAGAUGUAUGUGAGCAUAGCCGACAUGAAAAUCAAAACGGUGAGGCCAAACUGUCCGACAUGUUAACGCCUGUAAAGAUCCAACAAGUUUGUGAUAAAACGCUCUUGAAAUUCACGGACCGUGUAACAAACAGAAAUGCUUUGUCUCUGAAGAUUUACCAUCUAAUCUUCACUAAUUUGACACAGAAGCGAGAAGUAAUGGAUGGCUUAGUCUCCACUACAUCCACGAAAACGAUCAAAUCUGUGGCGACCAUCUUCGAAAGAAAACUCCUGAAUCUAAUUUUAACAACUUCUACUUCGUUAAUUCGGUUUCCCUUGUCAUCGUAUAUAAUAGCAGCGCUGGAUGAUAAACUCACAAAACGAUGUCUUUAUGAUUUAAAACUGUGUACCUUUGAGACAAGCGGUCAACUUGGAAGAGAUUUAGAGUCAAAAGUGCUAACGAAGUUGAUGCAAGGACUUCAAGACUCCUUGCAUUUUUCUUCAAAGCCAUCGACGACGGUUUCUAGGUUGGAAUGGAAACCGCAAAAGAAAGAACCCACCGUAGAAAAGUUAAAAACUUCCGCGCAAAUACUGGUUGAAAGUGGCAACGGGCACAGCACUGAAAAUUCACUGACAGCGCAGAACUUGUGCGGCAACGCAGUCUUGGAGGCUCCAUGUGACCUCACAACAUUGCAGAGUCAGUGCGAACAGAAAGGUGUAGAUAUUGACUAUGAAGCGUGUGAAGGGUGCCUUAAAAAGCUUAACAAAAUCUUAGUAGUCCUUGGAGAUUCAGGGAAAGCCUCGGAAGAUGUUUAUGAAAUUGAAAGCAGUUUUGUAGUGAACAACGGCGAAAACUGUCUCUCGCGUUUGGAUCACAUGUUAAGUAACAAAAGUGGACAAGCUUCAUUUGCAGAAGAUGUUUUAGAAGCCUUCUUACAGCACCCAGACCACUUCAUCUUUUGUCUGAAACAGAAAGGUUCCUCAUUUAGUACGCUUUUGAGCAAACUAUUGCCAGACGAUGGACCCUGGGUAGCAGAUAAAAUAGCGAAGAUUUUUCUUCGAGUCUGUGUUGCUUUGGCGAGUGACCAGCACUUGCUGCUCAGUUGCGCAGCUGCUGUUAUGAAGCGUGGCCUCGUACACGAACAUUCCAACCCAGCAGCUCUUGGUACUUGCAUUUUAGUGAGAAUGGGACUUCUUAAACAGGAGGAUGAUGUGGACAUUGUCAAGGACCUUGAGGGUCCCCUCUUGGCCCUAGAACAUUUAUUUGCCGAGAAGUAUUUUCCUAGAGAUCUUGCUGCCAUCUUCGCUUCUUUUCUUUGCAAGUCAAGCCCUAAGCUGUUCGGAUUGGACCAGCUGCGCCUUCAGACACUAGCGUCCGCGGUUGUCAAGGAAAUUCUUCCGUCUUCAGCUCAAGAAGCUGAGAGUAACACAGGAAAACACUUCAAACGGAUUUGUGACAUUCUGGCGGUCGAAGGCGACUGGGAAUUACUUAUGAAAUGUGUCGAUUCCUUGUUCUCGCGCGUUUUUGUGACACUGAAAUGCGACGUGUGGCCCAUUGGUGAAAGUAUUCUUAUUUACCUUGGUCUACUGAAAAGUGAAUUCCAUAUUGAAGCGGUAAGGAAUCUUAGCUGUGCUUUCAAAACACUACAUCAUGCAGUGAAGCAGAGCUAUUUUCCACCUCUUCUAAAACAAUUGCUUGGCUGUUUCCUACGAAAACCGAAUCCAACUCUUACGCCACAUUCCACAGAAGUCGGCGAGAUAUUGUCUACAAUGACCGUUGUAAGCUAACUCAGUAAAUCAGCUUAAAACUUCACUAUUAGGUUUUUGCUCUAAGAAAUUCUUACUGCGUGAAAUUUUACUCUUUACAUUACUGUCAAUAUCCUGCAGGUUUGAUGUUUGAUAUCCAAAUUCAAACGACCAAUUUGGUCGUUGUAUAAAAUAUGCUUCAAUCGACGACGGUUUUGGGAGGACACGUCCAUUUUUACAGUCUUGGAAAUCCCUCACCCUUUUCGUGACUAUAAAUGAGUUGACAGUCACCCUGCGCCAACAAAGUUUUAACUGUAAAUUAAAAUGAUACAACUUAAUAUAAAAUAUUUUAACGUAUCCAGCGAGGAAGCUUAAAUAUAGACAGAACGCAACAAAGUGACUGAUUUAAUUUCUAAAUCGGAAGGUACUUCUUUUCACAGCAGUGACGAACUAGCCACUUCUUUGUAUCUACAUUACUGCCGGCUAUAAGCCAGGGGUGGGGUGGGGGUGGGAAGAAGAGUACCCAGCAAAGUAAUGGGGAUGAUCAGUGAGGGAGGACUGUGGAGAGGCGCAUGGGGAGAGAUAAGUAAGAGAAGAAGUCUGAUAUUUCGGACUACUGUUGAUACACGACAUCUGCCAAAUUACUUGCUCUAUUUACGUUUAUUUCCGACUACAGCAUUCAGGUAUCCAGAAGAGCCGAGAGAACCAGAACCGUGGCUUAUUAAAAGGCCGUCCGAUGC